GUUUAUGUUGAGAUGCUCACAACAAAGAGCAGCGCCGCGGAGAGCCUGUCAUUUAAAGACAGCACCGGGGAUAUUUGGUCUCACGGUGAGCAUUUAAAACUCAGAACUACCUGAAGAGGAGGACAGAUAACAAACGCUAUCCGCUGCUUCCAUUUUUAACCGUUUUGCCUUUUAAAUUUUUUUUAAAACCAGCUUCGCGGGGUGAAAUUAAGACGAAAUCUUUUAUUUAAGCCGGUGGAGCGGUUAGCUAGCGUGCUAGCUUUAUCAAGUUGGGGGGCGGAAAACCAGACAAGCAGCUGGUGGAAAAGCUAGCAGCACCGAAGACAACAAAAGGACUUCAUUAUUUAUAUCGCAGGCAGGACGAGCGGUGCUGCGAGAGACGGACACAUGAAGCAUGAGAGGGUGGAGCUGAGGCUCAGCUGACCCUUCCCCUUCCUUCUCCUCCUCUCCCCCCGUGCUCCAUUCGAUCAGCACCUCCCCCCCCCCCUUCCCCUCCUUUCCCCUUCCUGUGUCCCUCACCCUGUUGGAUCUCACCCAUUUCGCCUCCCCUCCUCCUCCUCCUUCAAACCUCAAUCAGCCGUGCCCAAUGUACUCCCCGGAGCAGGAAAACAUCUCCACCACCGCCUCCACCAAAGUGCCAGUGAAGUACGGAGAGCUCAUUGUGCUCGGGUACAAUGGCUCUCUGCCUAACGGGGACCGAGGCAGGCGCAAGAGCCGCUUUGCACUUUGUAAGAGACCGAAGGCAAACGGGGUGAAACCCAGCACAGUUCACAUCGCCUGCUCACCACAGGCAGCCAAGGCCAUAAGCAACAAAGACCAGCACAGCAUCUCUUACACUCUGUCUCGAGCCCAGACGGUGGUGGUUGAGUACACCCAUGACAGCAAUACAGACAUGUUCCAGAUUGGUCGAUCGACGGAGAGUCCCAUAGACUUUGUAGUGACGGACACGGUGGCCGGCAGCCAGUGUAAUGCAGACACCCAGUCCGUCCAGAGCACCAUCUCCAGAUUCGCCUGCCGCAUCAUGUGCCAGCGCACGCCGCCUUAUACCGCACGUAUCUACGCCGCCGGCUUUGACUCCUCCAAAAACAUCUUCCUAGGGGAGAAAGCUGCUAAGUGGAAGACGUCUGACGGUCAGAUGGACGGGCUGACCACCAACGGCGUGCUGGUGAUGCACCCCCGAAACGGCUUCACACAAGACUCCAAACCGGGCGUUUGGAGGGAGAUCUCAGUCUGCGGCAACGUCUUCACUCUGCGGGAGACCCGCUCAGCACAGCAGCGGGGAAAGAUGGUGGAGACUGAGAGUCAGGAGCUGGUCGACGGCUCUCUCAUCGACCUUUGUGGCGCCACUCUGCUCUGGCGCACCGCUGAAGGCCUGUCCCGCACUCCCACCCUCAAACACCUGGAGGCGCUGCGGCAGGAGAUCAACGCGGCCCGCCCGCAGUGUCCCGUGGGCUUCAACACGCUGGCCUUCCCCUCCAUGCGUCGCAAGGACACGCCGGACGAGAAGCAGCCCUGGGUCUACCUCCAGUGCGGCCACGUGCACGGCUACCACAACUGGGGCAACCACCGCGAGGAGAGGGAGGGGCGGGAGGGCCGGCAGAGGGAGUGUCCCAUGUGCCGAGCCAAAGGGCCGUACGUGCCGCUGUGGCUGGGCUGCGAGGCGGGGUUUUAUGUGGACGCCGCCCCGCCCACUCACGCCUUUAACCCCUGCGGCCAUGUUUGUUCAGAGAAGACAGCGGGCUUCUGGAGUCAGAUCCCGCUACCGCACGGCACGCACACCUUCCACGCCGCCUGCCCCUUCUGUGCCCAGCAGCUGACUGGUGAGCAGGGCUUCGUCAGACUCAUCUUCCAGGGACCCCUCGACUAGCGGGGCGACUUCCCAGAAUCCUUUGGGUGACGCAGAGCGGGAAUAUUUUUUUGUUAAGACCCUGCGAUGAAAACGGGGAGCUACACAGAUUUGUUUUCUUUCCUCUGCAGUUAAGAUGAAAAACUUUUUUCUGGACUUUUUGUCUCUCUCAUUUUUAAGUGACCUUUGUAUUGCUUUUUCAUGAAUGACGACAAAGAUUUCUAUAUUUUCACGUGAAACCAGAGACACAAAAACCAAACAGAGAACACUGCUGGGUAAACCUUUUCGUUUGUUUCUCGGAAAGAACUUUCAACAUCAGUAUUUUUCUAAAUUACUAACAUACCGUAGUGCAAACAUACGGUUUUUGUUCGUGUUUAUUGUUGCAAUAUACAUCUGUGUACAUCUCUUAGAGCUAAUUUAAACAAAGAUGUUUAUUUAUGGCCCAGGAACCAUCGCUUCAUCCUUUAUCUGUCAGAUAUGCCUAACUUCAAUACUAUUUAGCAUUUUAAUUUGAAAAUACAGUACAUUAUUAAUCAGAUAUAAAGUUUAGGUGUGUUCUGAGGGUUUCGUUCAGUGUCUUUUCCUCCCAUGUUCGCCCCUCAGAUCUGUUUGUCGUAUUUAUACACCCCCGUCCUCUGGCGUGCUCUCACUUUGUGUGUUAACCCUUCAGUUG